AUGGAUUUUGAAAAAAUAUCUUCGUUUACAAUUGAUCGACCAUCUACUGAUAAAGACAAUGCGGAUGAUAUUCCAAUAUGGUUACAUUUGACAAAUGAACAAUUUCAAGAAUUAUUUCGUAAAAUAUUUUCUUCAAUAUCAACAACAACCAUAUCCAUUGAAGAAUUACAACAAUUAGCAAUAACUAUGUAUCAAGAACGAAAACGUCUUCAUGAAAAACAACUUUGGUCAACAUUAUUAAAAACAAUUGAAAAUGGUUUACAUCGAUGGCCUACCAUGUUAAAACAAGUGAUUCUAUCCAUGAAUAUAGUUCGUAAUCAAUCGAUCGAAUAUUUAACUGAUGAAAUGUAUUCCGAUGUGGUUCGAAUCUAUUUACAAAAACCUAUUAUUGAACAAAUCGUACAACAUGAAACAAUUGUUGAAAAUAUGUUAGAAAAAUAUGUCGAUGAUCAUUUUCAUUUCUUAGAUUAUGCUUAUGA